AAGACAGAUUCCCAAUGCAAGACAUUGGAUCUGGACAAUAAAUUGAUCUGAUCCGACUUUACCGACGUGACAGAUCGCCACAGUGUUGUUAAAGCGUCACGCCUGGAAACGGUUAAUGCCGAUGAAUGAAUGAUUAACUUCCGACUGAACUCCUGUACAGCCUGUGUUUUUGUGGUGAACUCUAGGCUUCGUCUUCACCUCCUUCAUCCUCAUCGAUUGAAUUAAAUCCUCCCCGACUCUGGAUUCUACUUCAAUCAAAAAGCCGAACAUUUGAGUAUUUUUAAAGGACAGUGGAUCUUCAUCGUGCACCGUCUCUGCAGACACCGGUGCAAGUUGCCACAGCUUUGAUCAAUAUUAUUGAUUAACAGUAAUGAUACUAUUUGUCAGAUAACGUCAGGUUUUUAAGAUAACUCUGGGCUUGUGAAAUAAUGGAGCUACUUAGAAACUGACCGUCGGGCGAGCCGGCAAGUUUAUAUCAACGGGCUGUUGUUUUUGUAUUGUAACCGUAACCCUGCAUAUAGACACUGUGACCAGCAGGUUUAAUCCGCCACGCUGGGAUGAGGCAAAAAUCACGUUUCGCCCUUACCAAGAUGGCGGCGGCGCCUUCACCCCCCGCUGUGGCCCCGCCCGAGACGCUCGCUCUCUCAUCCGCCAUUGGCCGCUGCCCCGGGUGACGCCCCAGGGGGCGGGGCCGUCGCCGUGGGGACGCCCCGGGAGGGGGCGUGGCGCGCCGUCCCACUUGCAGCCGAGGCGGAAGUGUCGUGUUGUUUUGGAAAUAUCCCGUAACAAUGGAGCCCAGCGGCGAGAGUCACAAGGUGCUGUUUGAGAAGGAGGGGGUCUACCUGCACACCAACACCAAGAGGAGCAGCCAGGACUCCGCCAUCCCUGGAGUCAUCCGGGUCGUGGAGAGGGGGGGCGAGCCUGCGCUGGAGUGGAGCCCCCUGGAGGAGGAGAGAGGGACUACACCUCAUGUGGUCUUCAGUAAGAAGGAUGGGGAUGCUGAGGGCGAGGAGGAGACGAACUUUGACCCCGGCUAUGAACCUGACUGGGCAGUGAUCAGCAGAGUGAAGAUACACCCCCAGCAGGGAGAGAAGGAGAGAGAGACAGGAGACUGGUCGUCCUUCUCCCUCCCUCUCUCCGAGCUCUACUCCCUGCGCCGAUCUCGCUUCUCCCUGGGGAAGAACUUCCUGGUGCUGACGAGCCGGGGGGGGGCCCCCCUCCCUGCCCUGCAUUUCCACCGGGGGGGCACCCGGGAGCUGCUGAAGGCCCUGCAGAGAUACAUCAUCCUGGCGCCGUCCCCACUGGAUGGACGGCUGUUCCUGGCCUGUCCGCAUGACUCUGGAGCGCUGUCCCAGUCCUUCGACGGGCUGCAUAUGUUCGAGGAUGGAGCCCCUGACCUCGUGUCUAGGUUUAUCCAGGACCCUUAUGCCACCACGUUUGGGGGGUUCUCCAAGGUGACCAAUUUCUUCCGGGGCGCUCUUCGCCAGCCCGAGUCCCCGCUCCGCCGGAACAACGGGGGCAGCGAGGACGAGCCAGGGUUCGAAGUGAUCACCUGCGGGGCGGAGCUUGGCCCGCGACCUGAGGUGAAGAGGGGGGAGCCUCUGGACAAGUGGGAGGAGUUUAUGGAUGGAGAGGGGCGUGUCCAAAAUCCACAGCAAAUCAAAGAGAUGAUUUUCAGAGGGGGAAUCUCCCCCGCUCUCAGGAAGGAGGCAUGGAAGUUCCUCUUGGGCUUCUACCCCUGGGACAGCACAGUGAAGCAGAGAGAGGACAUCCUGAGACAGAAGACGGAUGAGUAUUUCAGGAUGAAGGUACAGUGGAAAUCCAUUAGUGAAGAACAGGAAAUGAGAAACUCCCUUCUCCGUGGAUACCGCAACUUGAUCGAGCGUGAUGUCAAUCGCACAGACAGGAAUAAUCCGUUCUUCUCUGGUAGUGAGAACCCUGGACUGACCCUGCUGCACGAUGUCUUGAUGACCUACUGCAUGUACAACUUCGACCUGGGGUACGUUCAGGGCAUGAGCGACCUGCUGUCUCCCAUCCUCUUCGUCACUCAGAAUGAGGUGGAGGCCUUCUGGUGCUUGACUGGCUUCAUGGAGCUGGUGCACCAGAACUUUGAAGAGUCUCAGGAGGCCAUGAAGCAGCAGCUGCUGCAGCUGAACAUCCUGCUGAGAACCCUGGACCCAGAGCUGUGUGACUUCCUGGACUCCCAGGACUCUGGUUCGCUGUGUUUCUGCUUCCGGUGGCUCCUCAUCUGGUUCAAGAGAGAGUUCUCCUUCGAGGACAUUCUGACACUCUGGGAGGUGAUGUGGACGGGUCUGCCCUGCGCUAACUUCCACCUGCUGCUGGCCUGCGCCAUUCUGGACUCCCAGCGGGGGGAGCUCAUGGGCUCCGACUACGACUUCAACAUGAUCCUGAAGGCAAGUCGUCACCGCGCCCGGUGGCGGGUUGUAGUUCCACCGCUGAGCCUGUGCUGUGGAGGGGGGCGCUGUUUCUCAGUGAUUUGCAUUACACUCAUCCUGUCCCUCACUCCUGUCUCCCUUCCCUUGAAUGACUAAUUACUGCUAAUUGCUGAUUGACUUGUCUGACGCUUUUACCCAGAGACUUGCGAUCCCACCCGUCUCGUUUAAUGACCCAGGUUGGGAAAAUUAGUGACAGUAAGUAGCACAAUAAUUGGGCUUUAAUAUCCUGUUCAAGCAGAGGGGUGUUCAGGAAGGCAGCAGUAUGGGGGGGGUGUGUGUGUGUCACCCCCGCCGCUGUGAAUUUACACUCCUCCCCUCCAGCAGACGCCUCUGUGAGCCAGCGUGGAGUAGGUGCCAACAGCAGUAUCACCCUGCAGCUCCCAGCUCACAGCCCCACUGGAGCCCAGCAGUGUGGGCCUGGCCAGUACC